UUUUUGUCUCUUUUUAUUCAACAGCUCCAGAGCCUACUACAAUGCAAACAGAGACAACAGAGCCAGGUGGAUUGUCUAAUGGAGCUAUCAUCGCUAUCGUGCUUGGUGUGGUAGCAGGUCUUCUUAUCCUAGUCGUCUGCUCGUGUGGUUUCUUGAUACAGGCAUCGCGGAGGAACGCAGCUAAGUUUGCUGUAGGAGAGACUUAUCAAAGUCCAUACAGCAGGGAAACCCCUGCCCCUUCUUUUUACGGUGAUGAUCCAUGGGAGGAUUCUGGGAGCUAUGAUUCUCUCGAUCGCCGUGAAUAUGCAGUUAGCCGAGCGGUAGAAAGACUCGCACAUGACCGUGGACCCAGACAACAUAAUGGACAGUUUCAGAGACCGUACGUCGUGGGAGGAGAUGAAAAUCGCGGUGUUGAACGGAACCCUUUCUACUACUGAAGAAAAGUUUCAGAUGCUGGAUCAGGAAAUCAAUGAUUUUUUUUUUUUUUUCAGAAGGCUCUUGGAAAGAUUAAGAAAUUGUUAAUUAGCUGUAUGUAGGAAUAUUCUAUGGAAAAAAUUGCCUCCUGAAACAAAUUCCAUUUAAAAUGCCUAAAUAUUCAACCUUAUUUUGACAAAAAGAUUCUAAAGUUUUGAGGCAUUUAAGCAAGAUACUGAGGCAAUCUGUUAUCAUUUCGAUGAUUCUAAAACCUAACAGAAAACACCAAUUCUUAUAUGAUAACUGCAUAACUUUUUUUCCAAUCGCUAUCAAACACUUUCUUUCACAAUCCAGUCACAAGACUAGAACCAAACUUUAUCUUUAAGUAGCGUAAUUUUGUUACUUGUAUCGCUCAUUUUGCAUUUGCAUUUUUUUUUUUAAUCUGAUCAUCAAAUCAGCUUCCACUGAAUGAUUUAUUCUUCCAUUUAUUUCAUAUAUAUAUAUAUAUAUAUAUAUGUUACUAUAAUUGUAUGUAAGGCAAUGAAAACUUGCUUUCGGGGGAGACAGGGUUUCGUCUCUUUUUUAGCUUACACAUUUAUAAUCGGAUGAAAACUAUGACGAUGUCUAGUUAUGUUAUAUAUAUAAUCUGGCAGUACAUGUUAGUAAUUUAAGUACAGCUGUUUUUUUUAAUAAUAAUAAUAAUAAUAAUAUGGAUAUUUAUAAAGUGCCGGUAUCACUUUGAAAAAAGUAAGUAGUUACAUAAGUCGUUGUUGUUCUUUAUCUAGAAGUAGAGCUAUUUUGUUAUUUAUAACACUUAUUUUGCGUCAUUUAACUUAAGCAUUUUUUUUGGUAAUCUGAUUAUCAAAUCACCUUCCACUGAAUAAUUUAUUUAUUUAUUUAUUUCAUAAAAUAUAUGGAUUUUGCUAUGAUAUUAUGUAAGGCAAUGAAUACUUGCUUUUGGGAGAGACAGGGUUUCGUCUAUUUUACCUAACAAAUUUAUAAUCAGAUGAAAACUAUGACGAUGUCUAUAUAUGUUAUAUAAUCUAUAAUCAUGUAGUACAUGUAUAAUGUUAAUGUACCAGGCUUACGGGUGUAUUAGUAGUCUGUGCAGCUGUUUAUUUUUAAUCACUUUAAAAAGUAACUAGUUACCCAGUAUUCUACAAAUGAAUGGUUUGGGAGUAUAAAGAUAACAUAUGUAGGACAACUUUAGAAAAUGCCUUCGCACAGACCCUAAGAAGGACGUAAGUCGAUGUUGUUCUUUAUCUUGAAGUAGCGCCAUUUUGAUAUUUGCAUCACUCGUUUUGUGUUAGCAUUUUUGUUGGUAAACUGCUUAUCAAAUCACCUUCAACUGAAUAAUUUAUUCAUUCAUCUAUUUCACAUAUAUAUAUAUAUAUAUAUAUAUAUAUAUAUAUAUUGCUAUCAUUAUGUGUAAGGCAAUGAAUACUUGCUUUUGGGAGAGACAGGGUUUUGUCUUUUUUUUAUUUAACAUAUUAAUAAUCGGAUGAAAACUAUGACGAUGUCUAGUUAUGUUAUAUAUAUUUAUAAUCUGGCAGUACAUGUAUCAUAUCAGAUUCACUAGUAGUUGAAGUGCAGCUGUUUAUUUUUAAUCACUUUAAACAAAAAAAGUUGUUACCCAGUAGUCUAUGAUUGAAUGUUUCAAGAAUAUAAAGAUAAAUAUUAUACAGGACAAAAUGCCUUCGCACAGAACCUAAGAAGGACGAAAGUCGUCGCUGUUAUUUUUUAUUUUUGUUUGGCAACCAGUCUGCACUAAUUAUAUUUGCCACAAAUAGUCUUUUUAAAUAUAGGUGGAUGGUUUAUUUUUACCUGACUUCUAAGAAAUCAUGUGUAUGCUUGUAUUUAUGACCAAAGAGCACCAGUGCAUCGACUUCAUAUCGAACCCGGGACCUCCCGGUUUAAUAAAGGACUAUAUUUUGCAUCAUA